GCUCCUCAAAACCCAGUCUUGAAUCUCUGGCCAAGGAGGGAAAGAACACUGAGAAACAUGGCAUUUGACGGCACUUGGAAGGUGGACCGCAGUGAGAACUAUGACAAGUUCAUGGAAAAAAUGGGCAUCAAUGUGGUCAAGAGAAAGCUGGCAGCCCAUGACAACUUGAAGAUAACGAUUACCCAAACAGGAGACAAGAUCGCUGUCCGUGAAUCCAGCACAUUCCGAACUCUGGAUAUUGAGUUUGAGUUCGGAGUUGACUUUUUCUACAGCUUGGCCGAUGGAACACAACUUAACGGGAACUGGAAUUUGGAAGGGAACAAGCUUGUUGGCAAAUUCAAACGAGUGGAUAAUGGAAAUGAACUGAACACCGUUAGAGAAAUUGUAGGGGAUGAAAUGGUCCAGAGCUAUACAUACCAAGGCGUGGAAGCCAAGAGAAUCUUCAAAAGAGCUUGAAAAUCACUCUGGGGAGCGUGACCCAAAGCACUUCCAAAGCAGCUGGUUUUUAUUUUUGUUUUUGUUUUUGUUUUUACCCAUCAACUCAACUAUAAACUUAUUCCUAGAUUCCUUCUCCUCUAUCCAGUAACCGAUUGUUGCAAUGUUCAGUCUCACUAAAGGAAAAGAAGCAAAGGCCAAUUAGGAUUGACUAUGUUUUGCAUGCAUGCUCUCAGACAUAUUAGAACAUGUAGUAUUUUUUUAAAGGAAAAUAAA